AUGGGUGGAAGUAGGAAUCGAUAUGCGACCGCUGUCGCCCUCUUCGCAGCGUUGGGCUCCAUCACUUAUGGCUAUGGUGCAGCAAUCAUUGCCCAGACAAUUGGGCAACCGCAAUUUUAUAAAUCAUUCCAUCUUGCGCAGGAAGGCCCUGGUGUUUCUCAUACAAACACCGUAACGGGACUUAUGAAUGGGUUGUUUUCUACGGGUGGUGCGCUGGGUUCUCUGUCGACGGCAUAUACGGCAGAGGUAUUUGGACGGCUUCGAACUAUCCAACUUGCCUGCGUAGUCUGCAUCCUAGGCGCUGCCCUGAUGACCGGGGCUGUUAAUGUUGCCAUGUUCCUUGCCAGCAGAUUCAUCAUGGGCUGGGGGGUUGGUCAAGUUGUGUGCGCUGUGCCGUUGUACCAGGCGGAGCUAUCCACGCCAAAGCAUCGUGGCCUGCAUGUCGGCUUUCACGGGAUUGCCCUUGCUUCUGGCUACGCUCUCACUGGUUUCGUGGGGUUUGGAUGCUUCUAUGCUUCGACCUCAUCCUUCCAGUGGCGGUUCCCAUUCGCCGUUCAAUUAAUCCCGGUCCUUGUCUUGCUCGCCGGCAGCUGGGCGUUGCCCGAAAGCCCUCGAUGGCUUCUAAGUAAAGGCAAGAAGUACUCUGCGUGGACAAAUCUGCAGAAGCUGCAUCAUGAUACUCAGGAUUCUGAGGAUACCUUUGCGCGCAAGGAGUUCUAUCAAAUGACGCAGCAGUACGCUCUAGAGCUGCAACGGCGCUCACAGAUGAAUAUAUCCCAUUGGUGGGAUUUCUUCAAACGAGCCAGUUUCCGCAAGAGACUCGUCGUUGGUAUGGGAGCUCAGAUGAUCAAUGUUUUUACUGGCAAUCUUGUCGUGAACAACUAUCAAGUCCAACUGUACCAGCAACUAGGUGUCAAGGGAGGCAUCCCCAUCCUUCUGAUCGCCUGCUGGAACAUGGUGGGAAUCUGCGGCAACUCAACCUCUGCAUUCCUACUGAUGGACCGAUUCGGCCGCAAAAAGUUCUACAUGGUGGGCAUCGCUGGAACCGCCGUGUCUCUUUGCUUCGAGGCCGCACUCACCAAGUAUUACGUGCAAACGGGGUCCAGCAAUCGGGUCGGACUUGGGUUCGGUGUCUUCUUCAUCUUCUUCUAUGUCGUAUUUUACGCUACCUGUAUGGAUAACCAGCAGUACGUCAUGGUGACCGAAACUUUUGCUAUGGAAUCGCGAAGUUUAGGAGUUGCGAUGUCGUUGUUUGCCCAAUUUGCUGGAACAGCGCUCUUUGUUGGUGUUUCUCCAAUAAGUUUCGCAUCUAUUGGCUGGAAAUUUUAUCUCGUCUUCAUCUGCUUAGACGUGUUUUCCUUCAUUUUGGUGUGGAAAGUAUUUCCAGAGACGAAGGGUCUCUCACUUGAGGAAAUCGAUGAAUUAUAUGGCGAUCCCGUUGCUGUCCAUUUGGAGGAUUCUUCGGAACACAAAGGAGAAGAGCUUGAGAUGCAAAUUCGCACGAUGAGAUUGCCAACGAAAGAUGAUGACCCGGCGUCGCCCCCCAGCUCUUCGAAUACACCACAGAAUGAGAUAUUUGAGGCCAGCACCAAAUAA